AUGUCGAAAAUCAGCGCUACAUCGCCCAAGGUGCUCGGCCUGUUUGCACUUCUCUUCCUCGCCUCAUGCAUCAUGACACUCUCGUUUCGAUCUGGUCCCUCUAACUCGUACGCCUACCAGAAGCACCACGACACACUUGCAGAUCGCAAGAAACAUACGCCCAACGUAGCUUUCGUUACCUUCCUUGGUGCGUUUACAGGUGGCAUCGACCCCAAUAAACCAGAAAACGACGAUGAUGAUGGAUACUAUGUCUCUACACGCGUAAUGGGGUAUCAGUUGAUGCACUCGCCCACGGCAGGCACAAAUGCAUCUAUUCCCUUUGUCGUCGUAGUAACAGACGAAACCCACCCACGCAAACGCGCCCGUCUAGAGAAAGACGGCGCCAUCAUCUUCGAGGUUUCUCGAAUCUCGCCAGGCUGGGCUAUACCAGGCGACUCGCGCUGGAAAGACAUGAUGACCAAGCUGCGACUGUUCGAAUUGACUCAAUAUGCAAAGAUUUGCUACAUCGACUCUGAUCAUCUGGUCACAGAUCGCUUGGAUGGGAUCUUCUAUGACGAGGCCACGAUUAUACAACACACACUUCAAGAUCCGAACAACCAACUCGAAGACGAAGCACAAAUGCCUAGAACCUACAUGAUGGCCGCUCACACUGACUACUGGGGCUACGAUCACCCUUACCCCCCACCCACCGACGGCACAUAUAUGAACUUUGGCUUCGCAGUCUUCUCACCCUCAAUCGCUCUAUUCAAAUACUAUCUCUCCGUCCUGGCUGUACCGGGAAGAUUUGAUAUGGGUAUGCAAGAGCAGAGUUUGAUCAAUUACGCCCAUAGAAGACAGGGAAACAUGCCCUGGAAACCGCUUUGGCAUGGGUGGAAUGUGAAUUGGCCGACGGAAAAGGAUUGGAGAGGGGGAGCCAAGAGUUUUCAUGCUAAGUAUUGGGAUACGGAUCCGAGUCAUGAUAAAGCGCUCAAAGCGAUUUGGAGGGAGCAGAGGGCGGAGAUGGAGGGGUUCUAUAGAGGAAGGGAUGUGGUAAAAUAG